AUGGCGUCUCGUCACCGAAGCCACUUUGCCGACCCACAACACCCACUUCAGGAGACUUGGUACAGACAUGACGACCACACCGUCCACUGCAACAUCUGCCUCCUCAAACUCGCCGGCCUCACCGGCUUCGGCUGCUACCAAUGCAACAUCCACAUCCACAGAGCUUGCGCCGGUUACUUUGGGGAGACCAUGUCCUUCUUCGCGCACCCGCACGCCCUCAAGCUAAGCCGCAGCCCUGAACGACGCCUGUGCAACAUCUGCAGAGGGGACUGUCCGCCAGGGAGCUUCGCGUACCGCUGCAUCACCAGUGGCUUCGACGCGCACCCUCUCUGCGCGUUGCUCCCGGAGAGGGUCCGUAACCCGUUCCAUCCGGGGCAUGAGCUCUGCAUGGUCUAUUCAGAAUCACCUGGCGGCUGCUCGGCCUGCCACCAUCCUUUACCCAAGUGGCGCUACAUCUGCUCCUCCUUCGAGCUACACAUCGCGUGUGCCAUCGACCCGCCCGCCGCCGCCGGCAAGGGUAGCAACGGCCUUGCGCCGGCGGCCUUCCAGGGCAGCUACGACGCUGGCGCCCAAGGUAGCCAUGGCGGCGCUGUCGGCCAGCGCAGCUUUGGAGGCCCUGCCGGCCAGGGAUGGUACCAGUACCACGGCCCUGUAGCCCCAGGCUACAACCAGCCUAUUCAGGGAUACGGCGUCCAGGGCAACUACUACGGCAGCCCUGUCACCCAAGGGGGAUACGGCCCUCCCAUCCAGGGCUGCUACUACCCCGCUGCCAUGCCUGGCAGCUACUACGGUGGUGCUACCUGCAGUAGUAGUGGACAAAGCAAUGGGCACAACCCGGGCAGCCUGAUGACUGCCAUAGCCAAGUUUCUCCUCAGUAUCGCGAUCAGCACUGCAGUCAGUGACUUGGCAUCCCAGCUUCUGUUUGGGAGCUGA